AACCGGUAAAUCCGGCUCUCUUCUCCGGUGCCAUACACUUUCUGGCUUCUGCCAUCUUUUCACCCGCAAAACCCGAAAAUCCCUGCUCUCGCCCUCUCACUUUCACAUCCACGUCCGUCUGCUUUUUCGAAAGAAAGGACCGCUUCUCCGGUGUCCGAGACUGAUUCAGCUCCUUCCGAACUUGGUCCUAGGGCUUAUGAGAAAAUGUCUGGAGCUGAGGUACUAUGGGAGAGAUUAGUCCGGGCUGCGCUGAGGAGGGCAAGGAUUGGUGACGAUACAUAUGGACGGCCGGCUGUUGGAAUUGCUGGAAACGUACCAUCGGCACUUGCCAAAAACAGGGAUAUUGAUGAGAUAUUAAGAGUUGCAGAUGAAAUUCAAGAGGAGGAUCCUAAUGUCUCCAGAAUCUUAUGUGAGCAUGCUUACUCAUUAUCUCAGAAUUUGGACCCUAACAGUGAAGGCCGAGGUGUUUUGCAAUUUAAGACUGGUUUGAUGUCUGUUAUUAAGCAAAAGUUGGCUAAGAGAGAAGUUGGAACCAUAGAUAGAAGUCAGGACAUUGCAAAAUUACAAGAGUUCUACAAGCGCUAUAGGGAGAAGCAUAAUGUAGACAGGUUACGGGAGGAGGAGAUGAAGUUGCGGGAAUCUGGUGCUUUUAGUGCAAAGCUUAGCGAGUUGGAGCGGAAGACAUUGAAACGGAAAAGAAUAUUUGCUAGUUUAAGGGUUUUGGGCAUGGUCAUUGAACAGCUGUCCACCGAAAUUCCUGAAGAGCUGAAAUCUCUGAUGGAAUCAGAUUCUGCAAUGACAGAAGACCUAAUUGCUUACAACAUUAUUCCCUUGGAUGCUCCUUCCUUAACAAAUACUAUUAUGUCUUUGCUUGAGGUUCAAGCAGCAGUUUCAGCUUUGAAGUACUAUAGGGGUUUGCCGGAGUUACCUCGGGGUCAUCCAAUUCCUGCUGCUAGAGAUGCUGAUAUGCUUGAUUUUUUGCAGUGUAUCUUUGGAUUUCAGAAAGAUAAUGUCUCUAAUCAGCGAGAACACUUAGUUCACCUGCUUGCUAAUGAGCAGUCUCGGCUUGGAAUUCCAGCUGAAACAGAACCUAAACUGGAUGAGGCUGCGGUGCAGAACGUAUUUGUGAAGUCCCUUGAGAAUUACAUUAACUGGUGUAGCUAUUUAGCUAUUCAGCCUGUUUGGAGCAGUUUGGAUGCUGUUAGCAGAGAGAAGAAAUUGCUAUACGUCUCUUUAUAUUACCUAAUAUGGGGUGAAGCUGCCAAUAUCAGGUUUCUGCCAGAAUGCUUGUGCUACAUAUUUCACCAUAUGGCUAGGGAAAUGGAUGAAAUUGUGAGGCAGCAAAUUGCACAGCCAGCUAAUAGUUGCAUUACUCAGGAUGGCGUUUCUUUUCUUGAUCAAGUUAUCUUGCCUCUCUAUGGCAUUGUUGCUGCAGAAGCUGAAAGCAAUGGUAAUGGGAAGGCGCCUCAUUCUGCAUGGAGAAAUUAUGAUGAUUUUAAUGAACAUUUCUGGUCCCUCCACUGUUUCAAGCUCGGUUGGCCAUGGCGCCUAGGCUCUUCUUUUUUUCAAAAGCCUCCUCUUGGAUCAAAGAACCUGGUUAAUUCUGGCAGACGUCAGCGACGGGGAAAGACAUCUUUUGUGGAGCAUCGAACUUUUCUUCAUCUCUACCACAGUUUCCAUCGAUUGUGGAUAUUCCUUUUUAUGAUGUUUCAGGGUCUGACUCUUGUUGCUUUUAAUGAUGGACUUCUUAACGCCAAGACUCUGCGUGCAGUUCUUAGUCUUGGGCCAACAUUUGUUGUGAUGAAGUUUCUUGAGAGUGUUCUGGACAUUUUCAUGAUGUAUGGAGCAUAUACAACAACAAGGCACUUAGCCAUUUCCCGAAUUUUUCUUAGAUUUACAUGGUUUGGCGUUGCAUCAGUCUUUAUAACCUUCCUUUAUGUGAAAGCUCUCCUUGAAGAGAGCCAAGGAAAUGGAAAUUCAAUUGUUUUUAGAUUAUACGUGAUUGUCAUAGGGAUCUAUGCAGGUGUACAAAUUUUCAUUAGUUUCCUCAUGCGAAUACCUGCUUGUCAUCGUCUGACUAAUCAAUGUGAUCGCUGGCCUUUAAUUCGAUUUGUAAAGUGGAUGCGUCAGGAGCGAUACUAUGUUGGACGGGGAAUGUAUGAAAGGAGUUUUGAUUUCAUAAAGUAUAUGCUAUUUUGGCUUGUUGUCUUGGGUGCGAAAUUCUCAUUUGCUUACUUUUUACAGAUCAGGCCACUAGUUAAGCCAACAAGGGUGAUAGUGGGCAUGGAUAAUCUUGAGUACUCUUGGCAUGAUCUUGUUUCUAAAAAUAACCAUAAUGCUUUGACGGUUCUUAGCUUAUGGGCUCCAGUAUUUUCUAUGUACCUUCUAGAUGUUUAUGUGUUCUACGUACUAGCUUCAGCUGUCUGGGGAUUCUUGCUUGGGGCAAGAGAUCGCUUGGGAGAGAUUAGAUCAUUGGAAUCCCUACACAAACUUUUUGAGCAGUUUCCUGGAGCUUUUGUGGACACUCUUCACGUUCCUCUUCCUAACAGGAGUUCUCGGCGUGCAUCUGGUGAGGGUGUGGUAAAUAACAAGGUUGAUGCUGCACGCUUCUCCCCCUUUUGGAAUGAAAUAAUACGAAAUCUGAGGGAGGAGGAUUAUAUCACUAACUUAGAAAUGGAGUGGCUGUUAAUGCCUAAAAAUUCUGGGGAUCUUCCUUUAGUUCAGUGGCCUCUUUUUCUACUUGCUAGCAAGAUAUUUCUUGCCAAGGAUAUUGCUGUUGAAAGUAGAGAUACUCAAGAUGAGCUUUGGGAUAGGAUUUCAAGGGAUGACUAUAUGAAAUAUGCUGUUCAGGAGUGUUACUAUACCAUCAAACUCAUAUUGACAGAAAUAUUAGAUGAAGUGGGAAGGAUGUGGGUUGGAAGGGUAUAUGAUGAUAUUAAUGCAAGUAUCACGAAGAAGAGCAUUCUUGUGGAUUUUCAGCUUAAUAAGUUGCCUCUUUUGAUAUCAAGAGUAUCUGCACUUAUGGGUAUUUUGAAAGAACCAAAAACACCUGAACUUGAAAGGGGUGCAGUUAAGGCUGUUCAGGAUCUCUAUGAUGUCGUGACGCAUGAUAUCCUUUCUAUAAACAUGAGGGAAAAUUAUGAUGCUUGGAAUUUACUGUUGAGAGAAAGGCAAGAGGGUCGUUUGUUUGCAAAGUUGAAAUGGCCCAACAAUGCUGAUUUGAGUGAACAAGUGAAAAGAUUGCAUUCUCUAUUGACCAUCCAACAUUCUGGUUCAAACAUUCCUAAGAAUCUUGAGGCUAGACGAAGGCUUGAGUUUUUCACAAAUUCUCUUUUCAUGAAGUUGCCUGUUGCAAAGCCAGUUAGAGAGAUGUUAUCUUUCAGUGUUUUCACACCAUAUUAUUCUGAGAUUGUGCUUUAUAGCAUGGCUGAGCUGCUAAAGAAAAAUGAAGAUGGCAUAUCAAUUCUAUUUUAUCUUCAGAAGAUUUUUCCAGAUGAGUGGAAGAACUUUCUUGCUCGAAUUGGACGCGAGGAAGAUGCACUUGACUCAGAGCUUUUUGAUAAUCCUAGAGAUAUCCUUGAACUGCGCUUUUGGGCAUCUUAUCGGGGACAAACAUUGGCUAGAACUGUCCGAGGAAUGAUGUACUAUAGGAAAGCCCUUAUGUUACAGACAUAUUUGGAGCGGACAACCUCUGGAGAUUUGGAGUCUGGAAUUGGCAGCAGUGAAGCGACUGAUACACUUGGCUUUGACUUAUCACCUGAAGCGCGUGCUCAGGCAGAUCUCAAGUUCACUUAUGUUGUUACGUGCCAAAUUUAUGGAAAGCAGAAAGAGGAACAAAAACCUGAGGCUGCUGAUAUUGCCUUGCUUAUGCAAAGGCAUGAAGCUCUUCGUGUUGCUUUCAUUGAUGUUGUGGAAACUUUAAAUGGUGGGAAAGAAUACUACUCAAAGCUCGUGAAGGCUGAUGUGAAUGGGAAGGACAAGGAAAUAUAUUCGAUCAAGUUACCUGGAAACCCCAAGCUUGGUGAAGGGAAACCUGAGAAUCAAAACCAUGCAAUUAUAUUUACUCGUGGAAAUGCAAUCCAGACAAUUGACAUGAAUCAGGAUAACUAUUUUGAGGAAGCUUUGAAGAUGAGGAAUCUCCUUGAAGAAUUUCAUUGCGAUCAUGGUCUUCGUCCUGCUACCAUUCUUGGUGUUAGAGAGCAUGUAUUUACUGGAGGUGUCUCAUCUUUGGCCUCAUUUAUGUCCAACCAAGAAACUAGUUUUGUUACUUUGGGCCAGCGUGUCUUAGCAAAUCCUUUGAAGGUCCGGAUGCAUUAUGGUCAUCCAGAUGUCUUUGAUAGAGUAUUUCACAUUACCCGUGGUGGCAUCAGCAAGGCAUCUCGUAUCAUAAACAUUAGUGAAGAUAUCUUCUCAGGAUUCAAUUCAACCUUACGUCAAGGGAAUGUUACGCAUCAUGAAUAUAUUCAGGUUGGUAAGGGAAGGGAUGUCGGGCUCAAUCAGAUUGCUUUAUUUGAGGGUAAGGUUGCUGGUGGCAAUGGUGAACAAGUUCUCAGUCGUGAUGUAUAUAGACUUGGGCAACUUUUUGAUUUCUUCCGGAUGAUGUCAUUUUUCUAUACAACUGUUGGUUUCUACUUUUGUACCAUGUUAACAGUGCUGACCGUGUACUUCUUUCUUUAUGGGAAAGCAUAUCUGGCAUUAUCUGGUCUUGAUGAAGAAAUAGAAGAGAGGGCUAGGAUAACUAAGAACACUGCCCUGAAUGCUGCUUUGAAUACACAGUUCCUCUUCCAAAUUGGGGUCUUCACUGCCGUACCGAUGGUCUUGGGCUUCAUCCUGGAAGAUGGUUUCCUGAGGGCCAUUGUUAGUUUUGUCACAAUGCAGUUUCAGCUCUGCACCGUCUUCUUUACAUUUUCCUUGGGUACCAGGACUCAUUAUUUUGGGCGGACCAUUCUUCAUGGUGGUGCAAGGUAUCAAGCAACUGGACGUGGAUUUGUUGUCCGCCAUAUCAAAUUUUCAGAGAAUUACAGGCUCUACUCUCGCAGUCAUUUUGUUAAAGGGUUGGAAGUUGUGCUUUUAUUGAUAGUAUACCUUGCUUAUGGAUAUAAUGAAGGCAAUGCUGCGUCAUACAUUCUUCUGACUCUUAGCAGCUGGUUUAUGGCCCUAUCCUGGUUGUUUGCUCCUUAUUUAUUUAAUCCAUCUGGAUUUGAGUGGCAAAAGGUGGUAGAGGACUUUCGGGACUGGACAAACUGGCUCCUGUACAGAGGUGGAAUUGGAGUUAAGGGAGAAGAAAGCUGGGAAGCUUGGUGGGAUGAAGAACUGGCACAUAUCAGAACUAUCGGUUCAAGAAUAGCAGAGACGAUCCUUAGUCUAAGAUUUUUCAUCUUCCAAUACGGUAUUGUGUACAAACUUCACGUGCAAGGGACAAAUACUUCAUUGACGGUUUACGGCCUGUCAUGGGCAGUGCUGGCUGUUCUUAUACUUCUUUUCAAGGUGUUCUCGUUUAGCCAGAAGAUAUCUGUCAACUUCCAACUUCUGUUGCGUUUUAUCCAAGGUCUUUCCUUAUUGUUGGUGCUGGCUGGAUUAGUUGUGGCAGUCAUAUUUUCUGAUCUUUCUGUAUCAGAUGUAUUUGCUGCUAUCUUAGCAUUUAUUCCUACUGGAUGGGGAAUUCUUUCGAUUGCUGUUGCCUGGAAGCCUGUGGUGAAGAAUCUAGGACUAUGGAAAUCCGUACGAUCAAUUGCACGUCUAUAUGAUGCUGGCAUGGGAAUGCUCAUUUUUAUACCAAUUGCAUUCUUCUCGUGGUUCCCAUUUAUAUCCACAUUCCAAACCCGUCUCAUGUUCAACCAAGCUUUCAGCCGAGGCCUUGAAAUUUCUCUUAUCCUUGCCGGAAACAAUCCCAAUACUGGGAUCUAGCCUUACUUAUGCUUCAUGCCCUUUAUUGUCCAAGGAUUAUGAGAUUGUGUUUUUGAGUUGGGAGGGGUAGAUUAGUCUUUGCUCCCUUUAGGAAGCUUAUUAUCUGAAUUUUGUAAUUUCAUCUUUGUGAAUAUGCAUUAUCUUUUCUAGUUUCUCAAUUUUGUUUUGAUAUCUAAGUUGUCUUUCUAAUUCAUGUAGAUUCCGACACUGAAAACUUUUGUAGGGUUAGCGACGCGGGCCUGAAUUGGUUUGUUAUAACUA